ACCUUGCACAAGAGUUCCUCACCAAAACCAUCCAAUAAAUCAACCCCAGCCUCAUCGCAAAAGAACUCACCCUUCCCAAAAUGUCCACUCCAAACCUCACAAUCCAUCAACACACGGGUCCUUUUCCAACCGUCUCAUCCCGCCAACACCCCGCCCUCCGCUUCCUCGAAAACUACAUCAAAAAAAUAAACUCCGCAUCCUACUCUGAUUCCUAUCUCUCGUACUACCAUCCUCGCAGCGUUUUCCACGAUGCCACUGGUAUUGAUUAUGUGGGCGGAGCCGUAAUCUGGAAAUGGAUACAAGGAUUAUUUGACGGAGAAAUAUUCUCGAAAAUCGAGAUGGAAAAUAAGGAGUUUUUUGUUAUUGGGGGAAUUGGGGGUCAGGGUGAGGAAAUUGAGGGGGAAAAUGGGAUGGAACGGGAAUGGAAGAUUUUUGGUGAAUCGAUGGCGCAUUGGUGGGUGAGGAGUUCUGGGGAGAAAAUUAGUGUGCCUAGGAGUAUGGUGUUUACGUUGGUGAAGGCUGAGGGUGAGGAGAUGGAGGAGGGGGAAGUGGUUGAUGCGAAUGGGGUGCUGGUGGAGGAAGUUGGGUUUGAGGGGUUGCAGAUUGGUGAGGUGAGGGUGUAUUAUGAUCGGAGUUUGUUGAUGGGGAUUUUUAGGAAAAGUGAACAGGAGAAGGAGAGGUUUGGUGCUUGAGUUGUCCUUGAGGAUGAUGGAAUUGGUGACUUUCUUUGUGAUGUUUCUAUUCUCAAGAUUAACAUUGGAAGCGGAAUGUUAGUGAAUCUCUAGCGAAGUUGUGGGAGCUCUUCGAGGCUUAGUUCCCAAAGUCUAGUUUCAUGUUUCGCUAUUUUACUAGAUUUAUUAGACCAGCGCAGCGUUUUUUUAAACAAAAGAGCAAUAUAUGGAUAGAGGAAGACUAGUAUGAUGAAUAAAAGGCUCAACUGCAACAAUAUAAAGGGUCAAAUGGUAAGUGUCCUCAACUUCAUCCGUCUCGCCAUCUC